GUGCAAUCUCCUACUUCAUCGGACAAGCCCAGCUCGUCAGAAGCAACAACACCCUCCAGUGUUGCGAAGCGUGAUCCGCCACAGCUUGAAGAAGUCCCAGAAACGUCAAGGCCGAUUCCAGCCCCUCGAACAACACUUGUCGAACGGAACUCCGAGACAUCAACCGUGGUGUCUUCAGUGGAUCGAAUUUCUCCUACUGUCGGCCACCAACCAGCGGCAAAGUCCAUGCAAAUAAAAGCACCACGAUCAGUCAUUACGUCGAAUAACACGAUGCAGACAUCAGCGGUUCGUCAAGAGCGCGACAUUGUCAGUGGAGGAUCGUUGUCGUCUGUACGAAGACGUAUGGGGACAAAGGAUACAUUGGCGGAUGUUGAUGCUAGGCUCAGUUCGUCAAUUGCUCGUCUCAGUCGAUCAGUCUAUGGAGAACUGAACGAACAAGAGCAAUCUCCGACAAAGAACAAUCGAUUAUCGAUUCCGGCUAUGCGACGAGAUCGAUGCUCGUCCGAGAAACGAAUCGAUCAAACCGGUAAAGGCAGCAGCAGUGAACUGGAGAGAUGGAAAAAGCGGAGUUCAUGGAAACACACCGUAACAUUCAGGUGA